AGCCGACUUUAGUAAAUAAGUAAACAACAUGUACAUGUACAUGGUAACAUCAGUUUUAUAGCCUAUAAAUGUGUAGUAAAAUUCAAACUUGCAAAAAUUAGCAGUAGGUAUUUUCAUUUAAUAGGCAGUCGAGGACACGGGGAAAUUUCUUUGAGAAGAAUUUAAAACACCUUCUCUGUUAGAAAAGACGCAGAGAUUGGCCUAUGGGGUUCCACGGUGCCUCCAAUGAUGCUUGGGUUCUGAGUCCUAACUCCUCCUCCAGGAAUAAAACCCUUCAACAUCCCAGAGCUUCCACCGAUACCAUCUCAUCCUUCUCACCACUAUCCAAUGCUCUGAUGUUUGCCACACCUUCUCCCGCGGCAGAGUCUAGGAAAAGUCAUGCCAGUUUUUGGAAGGCGGUGAAGCAGUAUUUGACAUGUUACAGUCCUGCAAGAUCAAAACCCAAAAGCAAACAACAAUCAAGCAAAGGAGAUUCUGUCGCAGCUUCCAAAACUAGCUCUACUCAUUCAGUUAGGGCUUCACCAGAUCAUGCAUAUAGUGCGAUGAGCGCUGAAGAGCGUGACGAGAACUUAAAGGCAGUGAUUACAUAUUGCAACAAAUCAAUGGAAUCGGGACGAAGGAAUGAUGCGAUGCUUAAGGACUGCAACCGCAUCCACUGUGCUUGACGGCCGUCUCGGAGUUGAAAAUUGACUUCCUUCUCUUUAUUUCUUUUCGUUUCCUUGUUUAAAUUUUUUUAAAAAAAGAACUGAUUAUUUGGGAGGAGGUUUUUUUUUUUCAAAAAAUAUUAUUGUUUCUUUGUCUUUUCAAUGGAAUCCAUCUC